GAAAUAACAUCAACAAAGAAGGUGACACGAAACCAGUAAACGAAAUGGCGACUUAGCGCGAAUAUCCUUUGGUUCCUGAUGGUUUCCAACAGAGAAAUUUCUUCCUUAUCAGAAACUUUAACUUUUAAAUGGAAUCUUUUAUACAUCUGUUCGAAACGGCAGCCGGAUCCAGGGCCGAAACUUCCCGGGCGUCGAUGCCCGAAAGUUUACCUCCCGAGGUUGGUGAUCCUAAGCUUUGCAGGUUUAGUUUCUGUUAAUAAGAAGUUUUCAAUUUGUUUGUCUGUAAUUUAUCUUGUCAUGAACAGGUUGAAGAAGGAAAUGUGGAAUACAAGGUAAGUUGAUCGCUAUUUUGGUUUCUUCAUGAAGUAAAUAUUGCAGAUUCAGCGCUGUAAUUUAAGCUUACUUUUAUCCUUUGCGCGGGAAAAAAAAAUUCAAAUAAAAUAAAUGAGCUCAAUCGAUCGGCAUUUACACCUAUCUAACGGCUAAAACUACCGUUAUGUUUUCAACGAAAAUGUUUCAUGUAGCAGACUUUUUUGUACAUAUUUGCUUUAAUAGCUUAAGCUGGAAACUCAUCAAGUAAAGUAGCUGGUACAGAUCAACUCCCACCAGUUUCCCAGGGGAUUGAUUUCAAAUGCAAAACUCUGUCGCUUUAUUGACCGGACACUCACAGCAUAAGUUUUACAAACUGUUUUAUUGGUUAUCGGCGUUAAUUAAUGCAAAUACCAUUGUUUCUAUGAUUUACAGAGCUUACAGAUGUACGUCCUUAAGAUUUCAAGCUUUUUAUAGUGGUUAUUUCCUGGGCCCCCUUUCCCCUUAUCAUAGGCGUACGGGCAAUUUUUUGCCAGGGGGGGCGUUAAGCCAUUUGCCCAAAAAAUUCUCCCAACUUGCCCAAAUUUUUACGAAACAGUAGACAAGAAACGAAGGCGAUACGAUGCAAUAACGUAGGCCGUACGGGCAUAUAAAGGUCAAUACCUCCCAAUUUUGAGAAUAACUACGUCGCCAUAGACAAACAUUUGGAAAAACUGCUACCGUAGUUUUAUUAGAUGAAGAUGAAAAUUUAUCAUGAGCGGGGUUUUAAUGACAUCGGAAUUGUCAUAGCAACGAAAUGACGCCAUUGUCUAUUUUACUUGCAGCAAUAUUUCUCGGCAAUGGGAACUAUUCCUACAAAAUUGUUCACGAGAACUUUUUUCUCCAAUAGUCGCCUCGAUGUUCGUGAAGUUAAAACGGAAUCUGUAGGAGCGUUAUUGGGAUAUUUUGGGAUGAAAGUUUUAUCAUUAUAAAUAUGGGGAAAAAAGUCUUGAUGUUUGGCUGUUAUUUGUAGAAAACAAAGCUCUUUUGACAUGCAAUUGCACCUUAUAGUAGCUUCAAUCUUUUUAAAAACGUGUGUAAAAGAAGAUAUGAUCAUGGAUAUGGCUCCGGCCGAUUGCUAGAGAGAAGGAUUUCAUUAGUAUGUAUCGAGGGGCUCUUGUUAGCGGUUUUGUAAACAUUUCGGUCUACUUUAAUAAAUUAUUGCUUGAUAGAUUUUUUAAAAAAAUUAAUAUUCUUCUCGUAAUUCGAGCGGAUUACUAGUCAGCCACUUCUUCAUUUUCAGACCCACUGUUGCUAAGAUGAUUCUAGAAAGAUAUGCGGAAAUUUAUUCUAAUCAAUUCACGACUGGAAAGAGCCCAUUCCAGUCAGUGCAGUGCAGUACAGUGCUCACCAAUAAAAAACUAUAAAUAUGUAAAUCAACAAAUGAUACCCUUCCCUAUAACCAGAAACUCAUCACGCGCUAGGCAACCACUGUGAGUGUCUCGAGAGAAUGUAACUGGAUUAUUACGCUGACUUCAGGAUUUUUUCAGAUUAAAAUAGAAAAUAUUUGUCUCUUUAGAGUAAUAAAAAAAACAUGGAAACGUCUUUAAAAACUGGCUUUACCCAAAUUUUCUCUUGCUGCCCAAAAAAUCUGAGUCGCCCAAAAUUUGGGGGGGCUGCAGCCCCCCUUGCCCCCCCGGCCCGUACGCCUAUGCCCCUUAUUUUAACACACCGACAAAUAUAUAUGUGGCUGGUAAUCAAAGGCAUUUUCGAUGAAGACCUGUUCAAAUACAAUACAGUGUGUUUUAGGUUAAAGGUCACUGCAGAAACUAGAUAAACUUCAUAAACACUAGAAUAUUUUAUCAAUAGAAUAUUUUGAUUAAACAUUUUCUUUCACAAAUCAUAACAGCUGAAACUUGUGAAUCCCUCUCCGUCUCGUCUGGAGCACCUGGUAACACAGAUGAAAUGGCGCCUUCAGGAAGGAGACGGGGAAGCAAUAUAUGAGAUUGGUGUUGAAGACAAUGGUAUGUUUAUUGGUCUUAAAAGAGAAGAGCUGGAUUCAUCUCUUAACACACUUAAUGUCAUGGCAUCCAAGCUCGGUGCUCAUACCACCUUGCUUAGACGUCAUGUAGUGGAAAGCACAGGCAGUAGCUUUGCAAGAGAAGUGGCUGAGGUCUUUGUUCGGCGAGUGCCAGAUGAUCAGAAGGUAUGCACAGCAUGAAAAGAAAGUAGUGCCUGAUAGCCUGGGGUUAGUGGAUUUUGCUGUUGGCUAUUGAAGCUUUUUGGGUAAUUCAAAUUGCGGAAGAACUGUAAUCAUUCGUGCUCAUCAAAAAAUUUUUUUUGGCCAGUUGAAAUGACUUUAAGGCUAGUACAUGCUAGCUACAGCUUGCCUGAAUGGCAAGCUGUAAUACUUACCUUCUUUGCACUCUGUAUACAAUAUUUUGUUGUAGAUGGACACUGAUUCAUUAGAAGUGAAAUCUCUCUAUAUUUGAAAGACAGGCUCUACUAAAAUAGAACAUUGUCUUUACUUGUGGGUUUUUGCCGAUUUCUGUGUAGUUGUUUGGAUUGUAUUGGCUGCCACCAUUUUUGAGGGACAGUUGGGAUGAUCAAAACAUUCCAGAUGAUUGCAUCAAAGCGAGCUUAUAUUUCAGUGAUGAAAAGUGGGAGGAUUUGGACAAUUUGUGCAAUCGCAGUAAUUUUUUAUGACACGAAAACAUUGAUUCUGUACAGUUGAUUGCCAAAAAAUGGUAUCUAAUAUCAAAACUCCAAUUACUUUGUCUUUGUUCACUUUUCAGUCUGUUUCUCAGAUCUUAGUAAUUUGUGCAUACCGUAAAAUUCCAAAAAUGAGCCCCUCCUUGUAUAAGCCCCUCCAAAAUAAAUAUAAGCCUCCCAAACUCAUAACGCAAAAAACCCUCUGUUACAUCGCCCUUCCGAAUAGAAGCCCCCUGGGGGAUUGUACUUAAAAAUUGCCCUCUAAUACAAAGUAAAACAAUGAGCAAAAACGGUAAAUUUCCUUCCAACUAUAAGCUAGCCCAAUCAACUUGGAAACGCAAAUUUCCGUCCAUGUACAUAAGCCCUUCAAAAAGGGCCUUUGAAAAAUAUGAGCUCCAGGGCUUAUUUUCGAAAUUUUACGGUGUUUCAGUGGUUUGAUACUCUUUUGUUAGUUUAUUGACAUACGACUCGCUGUGUUGGGAAACGUUGAUGCUGGGAAAAGUACCCUGCUGGGUGUUUUGACACAUGAUGAGUUAGACAAUGGCCGUGGACGAGCAAGGUUGAACCUCUUUCGACACCUUCAUGAGAUUCAAAGUGGGAGAACGUCAAGUAUUAGCCACGAAAUACUGGGAUUCAACAGUAAAGGAGAGGUACAAUAAAAUACUAUAGGACUUAACUUUCUCAAACCCCUUUUAUGAGAAGGGGCCCAAAGCCCCCCCCCCCCCCCUCUCAAGUAAGUACUGUUACCACGGCUUUCAACCUUAUCUGCUGCCACUUACAUGAACUUUAAUUUUUUUCUGCUUCAAUACUUUAAUACAGGAGAACCCUGUUUUAAAGAGUUACUAUUUUGUCAAUCUGCAUUAACCUUAUUUAGGGGUGUGACUUCUGUGUAGCAUGAAACAGUGACAGGUAUUCUGCAGCUUUAUUUCUAAGUGGAGGACUAUGUACCAAGAAAAUAUUAUCACCUAAAUUUACCUGAAUUCUUUCCUUUGUAGGGGUUACUAUAGAUAGAAACGUUAUUUAUAGUUACCAGAGCUCAAAAUAAUGGCCGGUCAACCGACAGUAUCCAGCCAAGAUGAUCAUUUGUCUGGACAAACUUUCAGGUUGCCAGGCAUUUUGACAGACUUGCAAGUAGGCAACCAGAAAAAAAAUACAUUUUCAAACCAUUGUGUCUCAAGAGGAAAAGCAUCUAUUUUCACUUUAUGUGACUGCUCUUUAGGCUAGUACGUUCAAGUUAUUAUAGUGUUAUUUUUAACAUUUUGAACAGGCAGAAGAGAGACAAGACCAAGCUAAAAUUUCUUUGGACAGUCAACAUGACUGGCAGCAGUCCCAAAUUUAUUUUAAUUGAGCCCUGGUUACAAAUCUUAACUUCUGUAUUGAGUUUUACCUGAAUUUUUGAAAAAUGUAUUAGUUAAUGAGAAUUUACACCUUUUUCGUGUUUACCUAGGUUAUAAACUACAGUGAAUCACGCACUGCAGAAGACAUUUGUGAGCAGUCGUCCAAACUCAUUACAUUUAUAGACCUUGCUGGACAUCACAAAUAUUUAAGAACAACAAUAUUUGGUCUUACGGGUCAUUCCCCAGAUUUUGCAAUGCUGGUCAUUGCUGGAAAUGCUGGUGUAGGUGUGUUUUAACACAGGCAUUUUGCUCAAAUAUGAGCUUACAGCAGAGUUACUGUUUAGUAUUGUACUUAACAUUUAUAGUGUGUGAAGUCACUUUGUUGCAGAUUCCCAGUAGCUGGUGUCUCCCCGUGUCUUGAUUAAUAGUUGGUUGCAUGAUUUUGUCACAUGUAGAUCGUCACAUUUAUUCCUCUCCUAUGUCAGUCUGGUUCCCUGUCCGGAAUUCAUUCAUUUUUGGACAGGAACUGGCGCACCCAGUACAUCCAAAAAAGAAGUUUUACAAGUUCUGCUGUAAGCUUUAAUUUGUGCAGCUUUCUAAUAAUUAGAAAAUUAAAAACAAUUAUUUAAAUUAUUUUAAAUCUUCCAUAAAUUAUCAAUAAUCACAGAUGCAUAGAUACAGUUAAGUACAGUAUGUUUGCCAAAAAAGUUUUGUUUUUUUUUAAAGUGAACUUAACUUUUUGUCUUAAUUGAUAAUUUUAAAAUGAUUCUCUUACUACUCUGUGCAAUCAACUAUUAUUAUGUUUCCUUGCAGUUGUUAAUUUGUUUGCAAUGUUGAAAAUUAUGUUUAGUUGGAACUACAAAAGAACAUCUGGGUUUAGCCAUGGCCCUCAAGGUUCCUACCUUAGUUAUCGUAAACAAAACUGACAUCUGUUUACCAACAAUGGUGGGACACACUCUAAAAGUUCUUGAUCGACUUUUAAAAUCUCCUGGCUGUAAUAAAGUCCCUGUUGUUGUUGAAACUGAAGACGAUGUUAUAGUUGCUGCAACAAACUUCAUUUCAAAUCAGUAAGUAAUGUUACCUUACUUGCCGGCAGUAUAAUUCCAGGAACAUUUACCUAUUUAAUCAUUAGCAAGUUGUCCCUGACGUUGUGCUAUGCAUAAAUUAUAAAAUGUUCCACCAGAAAAUUUUGAAAUUUUGAAGCAGUGAGCACUCGAGUUUUCAACCAAAAUACAGUACAUUUCAGUUUUUCACUAUGAUACCCAAUGUAGCUUGGUUGUUGUUGCAGGAAGUAUUCUUGGUGAGCUGUUGUGCUGUGCAGUAGAUAUUGUUCAUUCCCUUCUCAAUAAAUUUCAAAUUGGUUAUUUAAUUAUUGCACCACACAUAACCCCAAAAGUGCAAUGACCUUGUAUUGCCUGUGAAAAAGGGUGUACUACAAGUAAUAAGUCAAUGUAUAUAUUCUUUUCUUUAGGGUGACACCAAUUUUUACAGUCUCCUGUGUAACUGGUGAGAAUCUUAAUCUUAUAAAAAAGUUUCUGAAUCUUGUACCUCCAGCGCGAUCAGCCAUGGAUCAGGAGAAACUUGCACAGGAAUUAACAGAGUAUCAGGUGAGUUUCUUUCUAAUCUUUGUGUAAACAGAAAAAACUUGACUUGUAAUCUUCAAGGGUACAUGUAGAUGUCAUUUGACAAGGCAAAAAUAUUUAAUUCUGUCUAUCAAAGGUGCAAACUUGUUUGUCUUCUGCUUUCACUUGCAUUUGGCAUCUCAAUAAUAUUAUUCAACAUGGAGGGCUAUUUUUUGGCAGUAGAGCCAGCUCUUAAGAAAUAUUUUUGCAAGCAACAACGCCACCAGGAAAACAGUCAGUAUAAAAUGUGGACUGCGGACUGGGUAUAAAACAUGGACUAGGUAUAAAAUGAGGACUAGAAACUAUGGACUGAGUAUAAAACAAUAUAAAACGCAGACUGUGUAUAUAAGAACAUCUUUAGAAAGGUAAAACUGAGAGAAGCGGAUAGCAGACUAGCAUAAAACAGUAGUCUCAGCUCCUUGCCUCGCACACAAACAUUCCUUUGGGUGGUCGCGUAGUCUACUGUCCUCAACGUCAGCGUCGUGUGGAGAAGGAAAGCAUACUGCACGGGCAAGGAAGGUUAUGCCGCUGCUCAAGGCAACUGAAAAUAAAACUCUGAAUUUUAUAAAAAGAAGGAGUUAGAAGAAAAUUCAAUUGAAUUUUUUAGUUUUAAGCCAAUAGAAGAUGUGAGAUUGAGACGCACCAAAUAAAAAAUAGUAUUAAUUGGUGUCAGUGAGAGUAAAAUUCUGCCACAAUUCCAUUUCAAAGCCUAGGGGAUAUGAUGAAAUGAAGAACCCAGACGAGAAGGUCAACAAUAUAGGGGCAUUAUGCGAUGCAAAAAAGCUGUAUUUAGGGGGAAGGGGUUACUCACCUAUACAUGAAUAAUAACUGAAAUAUAUCAUCCAACAUUAUAUUCUAAGCGAUGAUGAUAUGAUUUACACCUAUGUUAACAUGUACAUUGCCUCUUAGUGACCCCUGUCAUGGAUGUUAGAGACCAAGACUAAGUCUAAAAGUGGGUGUAGAAAAAAGCCUUUUGGUCAGGCUCAGGAUUUGGAGAACUGGGCGGCACACAUCCACUAAAAUUUCUAGGAGUAUUUAUAACUUAAACUCAAGUGUUAUGCUUUUUAGCGAUCUUUUGAUCUUAUUUUACCUUGACUAGAACCAAUUAGCACAGUUUUUACCAACAUAGUUGGCAGUCUGCAUUUUAUACCCAGUCUGCAGUCCGUAUUAUUUUGAUACUGACCAACAAGGAAAAAUUCCAACCUGACACAUCCCCAUUGUUUAAUUGCAUUCUAUUUUAUUUAACAUUUCCCUCAUUUUGUUUUUUUUUCCCUUUUUGACCAAAGUAAUGCCCCUGAGACUUUGGCACUAAUCGGUUUUACACGGUAGAGCUUUGUUUAUGCAAGACCACAAGUUCUGUUGAUUAGCCAGACUUUUUCCAUGAUAGUUUGUUGGGUCCACAGAGAACACAAGCUGCCCAUUCCCCAUCUCCUCCCCUGUCAAUGAAAGUCUUACAGUAAGGGAGCACAGAGAUUAGUUUGACGUUUGUAAUAUGUUGUGUUUGUUACUAGGUGGACAAAAUAUUCAAUGUUCCUGGUACUGGACCUGUAGUCGGUGGAACUUUAGAAAGGUGAAAACAGACAAGGCAGCCUGUCCUACUGCUGUAAUAGCCUAAUGUUGUUUUUCCAACAAAUAACAGUGAUUUUGUUACCUCUGUACCUGCGUCCCUGACACAUAAAAAUCCCCAAAGAUGCAAAAUAAUUCAUGGCAUGCGUCCCGUAGGAUGCAAAGAACAAUAGGUUUACUUGGAGAUUUUUUGGUAGAAUAUCCUAUUUGUGUGAUUUCUGUGGCUGUUGUUUAAAGAUGCAUAUUUAUGUUAGUCUUUCUUGUGUUUAAAUAUAUAGAAGGACUGUAUUGUAAUUUCAGUAAGCUGUAAAAAAGAGUUUUGGUGUCUGUCUCCAGACUGACUGUCUGGUUACACACACUGUAAAGGCCUAAGUAUUUUCAAUUUUUUGAACUGGGACUCAUUGGUUAUGGAUAGGGACUCAGGAUUUUUCACAAGAUGAGUCCCAGGACUCACCAUACAACUGUAACUAUUUGUAGCAAAAUCACUUCAAAUAAACUGGACUACUCUGAAAAAAUACUUGUCUUAUUAGGCUUACUUUUCUUGGAGUGGUAAAGAAAAAUCAAACAAUACAUAGCCGUUAGCAGGAAAUCGAUCACCCAAAGAUUAAACUUGUUUUGUCUUGGGAAUCAGUUUUACAGAAAUCCAACUGUUUUGCUAACUCUUCCACCUCUUUGGGAAAAAUAAUAAGAGACUUGUAGUACAAAAAUACAGCAAACUAUCACAGGAUUUUUGAUUGAAAGUCUUGUGGUAGCAAUUCAUAGAGCGUGAAUUUAAAUGAGGCUAAAUAUCAUUCAGGCAAAGUUAAACUUGAGCGAGUCGGCCAGCAGUCUUCUCCCACUCCAGAACAUGACCUACAAGGCGGCCCUCGGGAAAUUGCAGGGCUCCUUGUGUGUGCUUUUGUUGGCGAUGAAUUGAACUUUUAAUAAUAAUCACAGUUUUGUUAGUUAUUGAUAUUGAAUAAGACUUAAAAAAUAUGUACAGUUACAAAGUUGCGCUAUUUUAAGUCCCAUCUGAUUGUUUUCUUGUCAGGGGUGUGUUGCGUGAAGGUGAUCAACUUCUCCUGGGUCCAUUGCAGGACGGCUCCUUCCAUCCAGUUACUGUGACAUCUGUAAAGAGGAACCGCGCUGCCUGCCGUGUGGUGCGUGCAGGCCAGGCUGCUACUGUGGCAAUUAGUGGAAUGGAUAGGAACUUGCUGAGACGAGUAAGUUUAAUGAGUGAACUUCUAGGCUUUCUGUAAGAACCUGGCAUUUGCAAGGCUCGAAAAAUGUCCUGUUGUGUCGUCUGGGACAAGUAGAUUUUCUUGCUGGGCAGGUAACCUUUAAAGCCCACUUUCCCCAGACAUUUCAUCCUCUAUCUAAAUCAUUAGCUAAGACAAGCAAGUAGUUGCCCUGGUUAAACAAAACGUGAGACUUGCUUGCCUAAAGGUCAAGCUUGAAUUCAAGUUUGAGGGGCUGCAGUCAUAAAGGGUCAUUUCAAAUUUUAGGCCAUUCUUUGGUUACCAAAAAAAUACUUGAGGUUUUUGGUAAGUGAAUGCAAAUGACAACGCCUUUUCAGAGCGCUAUUCGCUGCCUUUGUUGCCCUAAAAAUUGCCUUGUGUAGCAUGUCUGUGAUUUCGUGUGCACAAUCUUUACUUCCCUCUGCAUUUUAGUAUAAUCACAAAUAAUAGUACUGUUGUCUUGUAAAAUAAUUUUUUUUUUCUUGGCAAUAGCUAUUUUGAUUUACCAUAAUUAUUUUGUUAUGUUAGCUUUCGAUGAUGUGGAUUUGUUUGUGUUCAUUACAGGGUAUGGUUCUCGCAGACCCUGUUCAGAAGCCAUGCCCAUGCUAUGAAUUUUGGGCUGACGUGUUUCUACUAUUUCACACCACUUCGAUAAGCAAACGUUUUCAAGCCACUGUCUAUAUUGGAAACGUUAUUCAAACAGCAGUCAUUGAGGAGAUGAACAGGGUAUAGUAUAUACACAUAAUCCCGAUCUAGCCUGCAUAACAGGCGUUCCAUUUUCGCGUGUUUUAGGCGAGCGAGGAGCACCAAAAAUAACGCGUCUUUCCCGUCGCGCGCGUCUCGCGCUCCACGCCUGCCUCGCGCUUGCCUUACCCUGCAGUUCGCUUGAAAAAGCAGACAAUAACGCCUGUUACGCCGGCUGAUCCCGAUCAGUGGGUCAAGAAGUUAAAGUAAAACAUUGCAAAGAACUCAGUGUAACUCAAGCAGUGUAAUGUGAUAAGAAAUUACGCUAAGUAUCCUUUAUUUGAAUAAUCAUACCGUACCAUUUCAUAAAAGCUUAUUAACAAUUAUUCCUUGAGCCCGAAUGGGCUCAGAGGCAAGCUAUUGACUCAGAGGCCAUGAGGGUGAGAGGAAUAAUUGUUUUAGUAAAAUCCAACCAGGUGGUCAAAAAUAUCGAGAAAAAAAAAUUAGCUAGUUAAAGCUAGACUUUAAUCCUCUUUUGCCGCCAAAAAGCCCGCGCUUUUCGCUAAUAGGGGGUUAUAACAUAUAGCUUAGUAGUAGCUCAACCAAUCAGAACGCAGCAUUGAUGAUAGACCACCAGUUGGAUUUUACUAAAUAGCGAUACUCUUGCUUACGUCUCCUUUUGAUAUUUAUGUACGAAUCAGAAGCCCAUUGGUUCUCGUGUCGCUCGUUACAAAUUUAAAUAACAAAAGCAAUGUUUGUAAACAGUGAUGUCUCCGCUAAGCACGACCUCAUUAGCCUUUUUUAGCCUGCGAGCGAAGCGAGCCAAGAAAGAACGCACGAACAAGCGGCGAAGCCGGGGGGAGGAAAAGCUGUUUUUGUCCCACCCCUGAAUCUUCAUGAAAACUUAAAAUAGUGAUCUAUGUGCAUGUUGCGAAAUAAACUUCGGUUUUAGGAAAAUUCACCACAAGUCUAAAUUUCCGGUUCCUGUCACUUCUCGGGGGUGUAGCUCAGUGGUAGAGCGUCCGCUUUGCAUGCGGAAGGUCCGGGGUUCGAAACCCCGCACCUCCACUUUUUUUCUUGUAUAUAAAUUUUUCUUCCUUGUUUUCUUUUUCCAUUAAGACCUUUUCUAAUUCACGGAAUGUGUAAAGUGUUUAACAGUAAAAAAGAAAGUUUCAUUUCAGAUUUACUAAAGUUAGCUGUACUUAGUUCUAGUUUAUGUUUAAUAAUGUUUAAUAGUAUAAAGGGACACACUUGAGUGGUUACUUUUGAGGUAAAUUUUCUCGGCAUUUUUAAUGUUGGGUAUCAUCAAGAGGUUGCAGCAUUAAAAUAAACAAGAUAUUAAGUGGCGUCACUCCUCGCGGCUCCCCCUAAUGGAGAGCUUGUUCGCAGGCUAGCCCUUUUUCAUUGUCACUCUAAGGAUUUUAUUCUCACGUUCGGUAGUUAGAAUCAACUUACACACAGCGUGAUAAACAGCACCAAAGAAAAAUACUGCUCGGUAACUUUCUUAAAAUUUGUAAUGCCGGGUUACAUCUCAUGAUUUGAUCCAUAAUCCAUUUCAUAAACUAUCAGGGGAUUUGGCACAAGCUUUCGGCGCAACAAUUUCUGGGAUUGUUCGGUUGGAGGGGCAUUAGUUAUGAUUGGUUGAUGGUUGCCUUGAAUACCAUCCACCAAUCAUAAGUAACGCUUGUCCUCACCAAACGAUCCCAGAAAUCUUUGGGUAAGCUUGUGUCCAUUCUCCCUCGAGUUUUUGAAGUAGGGAGUAGGCUCCUAGUACCACAGGAUACCCAGUCACUAAACUGCUUAUUAUUACGUUUCUGUUUUACUAGGACUCUCUGAGGACUGGUCAACGAGCAAAGGUUCGUUUCAGGUUCAUGAAGCAGCCGGAGUACAUUCGUGAAGGAGCGAGGAUCUUCUUCAGAGAAGGCCACACUAAGGGCGUUGGACAAGUGCAAAGUGUGAUUUACCAUAGGACCGUCCCUGGUAGAUAGCCGAGCGAGCUGGUAACUCAGUAGCCAAGGGGACACGGGUGAAUACAACGAUUCUUCUGCAAGAAUGAAGACGGGAGUGAUGGGAGUAUACCUCAAACGCCGACCAAGCGUAAAAAAUAAAAUACUUCAAUUUUGACACUCUCAUAAAAGCUGAAAACGCCUUCGCACCUAAUAGCAAGGACGGAGAUUCUUCAUUUGACAGAGAGGGAGGUUUGGAGAGUGACGGAAUAGUGGAAGUUGUGGAGAUUAUUAUAACAAAACUUUCGAGGGAUAUAAAGAGAGGAUCAAGCGGUACCCUGUUCGAGGCGUUCAGUUUGUGGGGCAACGCAAACAGAUGUGAGCAGGAAUAAUCGCUCUCUGACUUCGCCCCGUAGUCCACUAACUGAUCGCCUGAAACAGGCAAAAUCAAGGCUGUUGGGCAAACGUGCAGUGCCGGAAGUGAUUUCAGGUCUAAUAUCGAUGAAUAAAGCUGAACAAAUCGUCCCAUGCAAAUGAACGAAGGUUGGAAUUGGAAGGAAUGCUUGCUCUGUACGAGAGAAGAGAUGAGAAACCAAGUCUGUUAACCACUAACAAAGUCCUGAUACUUAAAUGAAGCAGAACGUGCCAUUACAUCCCCGAGCGAGUGAACCUAUUUCGAAGAUGUUAGAAAGAGGUGAUGGUGGACGACAGCGAAAUUUCAUCUUACGAAGAACCAACAGGUGCUCAAGCGAGAUGCAAUGUUUUGUUCAACAGAGAUAACUGGCAUCUCAUGUUCCAGCUUUAAACAGCCAGAUAGCUCUGUGUUGGUGUGAGGUUUGUUAGGGAGUGGCUGUCGGGCAAUCAGUUUCAGAAUUGUGACGUCUACAGUGUAGACAGUGUAUGAGUGCAAGUUCUUAAUUUGGUGCGAAUCAUUAAGUCACGCAUGCAGCAAAUAAACUCACUGUUGCUGUGUUAAAUUAAGAAACAUGAAGGACCUGUUUAAUGACAAGAUGCGUGGAACUCGUGGUAGUCUAAUUUUUCGGUAUUUACGUGAUGAAGGUUAUAAAAGCGUGGAAAUGGUCAUGGUUCAGUUUCUCGUAUUCUCACCACGGUUUACUGUAACUUAACAAUGGGAAGAUUUAUCUGUAAAUAUGUAAAAAUACUUUCAAAAUGUGUUAGAAACCAAGCGUGACAUAAGUCCUUCUUCAGGUCUCGUUUUAAGGUCCUUUCUCGGG